AUGACAGGCUUGCUGAGGCUGCCCUGGAUUGUGAAUAUCUCUGAGACACAGGAACCCGGCUCGGUCAUCCACACGUUCUUUUUCAACUGCUCCUGCCCACCUACCCUGGAACUCUACAGUGUGAUUCCCCCCAGCCCUUUCUUUAACCAGCCCAGCUUAUCGGGAUAUUACACACAGUAUUUGGCAAAGAUGACCUUGAGCAGUGCAGCCAGGCUGGAUGCCCGGCAGGUGAACCACUACCAGCUCAAUCUGAAGCUCACGUGCAUGAAAGAAACUUGGACUUUGCCGCUGUCGGUGGAAGUGUUUAAAGCCAAGGGUCACCCCGUGUGUCUGGACCGCUUUGCCAGCCCAGCUGGGGACAAGGUGCAGGUUCUGGAGACUGUGGAGCCCCAGUCCCUGAUCUAUGUGGUGUUGCUCGACAGGGGUCUGACUGGUGUCAAGAUGGCAAUCACAAGCCCUCAGGACACCGCCUCUUUCUCUAUUAAUGAGCUGGGGCAAGUGCUAACCCCUAGCCAGGGUCUCAUUGGCAAUGCCUACAAGCACUUCCAGCUGAAGAUCUUGGUGACUGAUGGACAAGGCAAGAGCUGCCAGGGGACCCUGACUGUGGAGGUUCUGCCCAAUCCUCCCAAUCAGAUCUCCUUCGGGAUUCAAUUCCAGACCUUCAACAUCUCUGAGGACCUGGUGGCUGGUGGAGUGGUCGGCCAGGUCCGAGCCAAUGGCAGUCGUGUCCGAUAUGAGAUCACCGAGCCUGUUCCCUGCCCCUUAUAUUCCAUCAGUUCUGGGGAUGGACUGAUUCGGACCACAGCUCCUCUGGAUCUGGGGCGGAACCCUGGGGCUGCAGUCACCCAAUUACAAGUGAAGGCGUAUGAUCCAUUUCAGCCCUCGAUGAGUGCCCAGCUCAGUGUCACUGUCAAUGUGCAACCCAUCAACACCUGGGCCCCUCGCUGCACCCCGGCCUUGCUAGUCACCCAGGUCCCAGAGACCAUCCCCGUGGGCAGCAUCCUCCUGACUCUGGCCUGCACUGACCCAGACUCCAGCAGCAGCACCUUUCAUUACCGGCUCUGGCACCCCAAUGAGACCAAGUCAAACUACAGCUUCCGCCUGCAGGGUCCCAACCUUCAGGUAAACAACACAUUAGACUAUGACUCAUCUGCACCUGAUGUUCAGUAUAAGACCACCAUCCUGGUGACUGAUAGUGGCCAACCCCCCCAAACCAGCCAGGUGCCAGUGCUGGUGACAGUGACCCCCGUGAAUGAGUAUUCUCCAAUCUGUCCUGCUCACACAUUCCGGGUCAGAGAAGACGCUCUGCGUGGCAAGCUGAUUGGCACUGUCCUUGGCUCAGACCGCGACUAUCCACCCAACAGCAUUGAGUACCACAUUUCAGACUCAUCAUCUAACUUCUACAUUGACCCUCGAAGUGGUAAACUCCAUCUUCUGACCUCCCUGGACUAUGAAAAACAGAAGACAUAUCCGCUGGUGAUCUUUCUGACUGAUCGAGACCAGGACCAAGAUCCUACACAUCGCCGGUCAGGCUCUUGUACUGUCACCAUUGAGGUUCAGAAUGUGAAUGACCAUGCUCCAGAAUGUGAACCCCCAUUCCAAGAGUUCACCAUCUCUUCUGCCCCAAGCACCAAUGCAGAGGUGACAAAGCUGAUGUGCUUAGACAGAGACGUAUCAGAGCAAGCUCCCGGAGCAUUCUCUUUCACCAUCGUUGGAGGAAACAGCAAUGGAAGGUUCCACAUGAAGGACAAUAUUCUACUCCACAAAACCUUUUCCUUACAGCCUGAUGGGCCCUUGGACCCCCUCACUUAUGAGCUUCUGGUCCGUGUGACUGACAAUGGACCUACCCUGCCCCUCUUCAGUACCACGGCCAUUGUCAUUGUUCACGUGAUUCCUUGGAUGACCACUGUGCCCACCACAAGCACAAAACCUCUGAUGGUUUCUUCACCUACACCCUUGCUAGUGACUAGAAAUGAGGACUAUUGGGCUCCAGAAGCUUGGUUCGUCGUUGUGUUAACAGUGACUGGAGUUCUCCUGCUCAGCAUCUUGGGCUGGCUCCUUUGUAAAUGGCCUGCAAGGAUGGCUGUAAGCCAGCAAACAUGUGGACAAUCCUCCCAGACUCUAUUAUUGGACAGAAAGGAAAAUUCUACUGGUGAGCUAAGAACAAAGAAGAAUGAAGAAAGCAGCAGCGUCCUAAGCCUGCAGCAGUUUGAUGGCAGAGCUCAGGAUCCUGCAGCACAGGAGCCCGGCGCUGGCUCUGAGGCCAAUCUGAACAGCAUAGGCAAGAGCUGUCUUAAGAAAUUAGUGGCUGUACUUUUUUGGAAAUGGGUGAGAUACAUAAAAGGGAUCCAGUCUGACUCAUUUCUCUGGCCUCACACCCUGCUGACUCCUUACUUCCACCUGGCCCCUCCCUUCCUCUUCCACCUAAGACCCUACUUUCUACUUUGUGUUUCACUAUCAAAAUGAUCUUACAAAAUAAAGAUGUUAUUUUAAUCCAAUGUGAGAUAGAAUAUCACUAAAACAACUCAUAAAGAAAAAGAAUGGCAAUAGGGUCGAAUUACCCUGCAAUGAACAGAACACAGCUCAAUGGCCCGGUAACCAGUAAUUUUCUGAGUAUUUUGUUGAGGAUCCAAAGAGACCUUUUUAAAAAAAAUUUUUUUUUUUUUUACUAUUAUUCCAUUUUUCUCCAUACUUCCUAAAAUUAUUAAAAGCAUGUAAGGGUUAUUGGGGUCAAUAGUUCAUGAUUUUGUCUUUUUGCUGUCUCAUGUCAUCAGUAACAUUGCUUGACAUUCUGAAUUUGAGAGAUUACAGUUAUCCUGGAGAUUGUUGUCCUACCUAAGGACAAAUUAAUCCUCAAACCUAUCAACAUUUAGCGAAGAUAUCAGUAGGAGAGGAAGCAGGGAGCCUGGGUCUUUUCUCCAGAUGGACUUUAGUUAUUAUCUUCUCAUUUCUUCUUCUUUGUAAUAAUA